GGAGGGGCGGGGGGGCGUGGCCGGCGGCCGGUCCGUCAGCUGCGCCGGGCCCUGACAACAAAGGGCUCCGCGGAGGCGGCGGGCUGGGGCAGUGCGGUGCGGGUUUCACGUAAACUGUUUACAAGUCAUGCUUUUGCAUGUCCUGUACCUAAGCUGAUAAAGCAUCUAUGCACUUUAAUCUCAAGUCUGUGCCACUCUGCUAGUAGUGUGAGCUGUGCCUUGAACCUUGGAUAUAAAGACCUACCAGCCAAAGUCUUGUUCCUGCCUUAGUAAUGUUCCAGAGGUUAAAUAACAUGCUCAUGGGAGAGAUUGAUAGCUUGUCCAACCAAGAGCCAGAGUUCAGUGAGAAGGAAGAUGACGAGUGGAUUCUGGUUGACUUUAUAGCAGACUCUUGCACUAAUUGCUCCGUGGAGGAAGCAGACCUCAUUGAAGCAUCGGCCACGGACAGCUCGCCCGUCUUCUCUUGUUUAUCAUCUCCCCUGGAACACUUGCCGGAGGCCAGCGAGUCCUGCUUCAUCCAGUUUGAGUCAUGUCCUAUGGAGGAGAGCUGGUUUAUUACCCCUCCCCCAUGUUUUACUGCAGGUGGAUUAACCACUAUCAAAGUGGAGACCAGUCCCAUGGAGAACCUCUUGAUAGAGCAUCCCAGCAUGUCUGUGUAUGCUGUCCACAACACCUGUCACGGCCUUAAUGAGACUGCAUGUGGGGAUGAGGAGUUUCACAGCCCAGGCAGCCCCAGACAGGAGGCCCGAAAUGAAACGGGACAGCGUGUUCACUGCUAUGUCACGGCUCUUGCUACUAGUUCAACUUUUCUGGAAAAAAACAAGAGUUUUCGUCCUACCCACUGGAUAAAAGAACAUAAUGAGAGACACUGUCUCAACAGGAACAGUCUCCGUCGCCAAAACCUCGCCAGGGAUUGCCACUCUCGGCAAAUCAAGCACAACGGACUGUUUGUUCACCAGCCUUGCCAGCGUCAGUUCAAUUACUGAUGGUUCUUGUGGUUUUAAUCUAUGGCCUAAUUGUUUCUUAGGUUGCUUUUGUUUUCAUGUGUAGGUAAGUGUGGUCAAUCUGAAGCUGAUUGUCAAUCCCUCAAACACAAUCGUAACUAGUGUUGCAUUAUUUUCAAAAGACACAUAAAUCUCCAAACAUCUUGCAUCAAGUUCUAAAUGUUGAUGUUAAAUAUCAAUGUCUUGGAAGCCUAUCAGUAUGAUAGUUUGUGUGCUGUUUUAUAAACUUUGAUGUAUAGAUGGAUUCUUAGUUGGUAUUUUAAAGAAAUUUAACUGAGAUGGAAAUCAGUUACAUUUUGCAUUAAUCAAAACGAAGUUAGAAAAUUUGAGGUUAGCCAUUUGCUUUAAUGACCAGUACUUGACAGCUUGUGUAUCUGUCUGUAUUCAGCAUAUAUGAUGACUUUCUGACAAGGAAAUUCUAUAGCUGCCAGUGGAUAUUACAUAGCUGUGCUGAGCUGUUUCAAGAAGGAUAUCUCAUCUAAAUUCCUAGGACUUACUUGUGUUAGUGGGGGCUGUGUAGGUGUGCUGGGUACUUGAUAUGGAUAUUGAAAGAGGGUUAAAUGUCCCACCAACAUUGUUGCAGUACAAGAUGGCACCAGUGUUACAGGUGUAGUACCUCACAGUGGAGUGGGAAGAAAAGUGAACCCUUGGGUAACAUGCAGAUGCACAACACAGAACUGAACUGGGCUUUACCAGAUAAAGUUUGAGUUUCUCUAACUACUUCUGUCUCUGAAGCACGUGUUUCCCCUACCCUAUCUCAUUUAAUCUCUAGUCUAGUUAAAGGAGAAGGAUGGUGGAUUGACCAUUCUUUUAACCUGUCAGUAGCUGACUGCUCUUCAAAGAAGUCAGGCUGAUAGACAGCUAUUUCUGUGCUACAAAUUACUAUUAGAUUGUCUCAUAUUCACAGUUGAGAGUAGAUCAGAAGUAGCUAGAAGGAAGCUUUUAUUCGAAGUUCUCCUAAUUUUCUCUCUUUUUCUCUAUGAAAAUGAAAUCCAAGUUAAUGGGGACUGGAAAUGAAGGGCAGUGUGAGGUAGGGGGAAUUGGAUGCUGAGCUAAACACAGUGAUAACAGUGUAUAAAAAUUGAUCAAUCAGCUGUGGUUGUUCUCCUAGCCCACUGGAGGCAGAAGGACUUAAUAGCAAUUCCAUAGGCCAACAGGAAAGAAAAGCCAUUCAAAACUAUCAAGUAGUUUUCUUAAGAGCACUGAGCAAGAUGUUUUGGAAGUUGGCAGGCAGUGCCAACUACAACUACAGGUUGAGUUCACCUGUUAACAAAAGCUGUGUUACACAGCAGCCAGUGGUAUGCUGGACCCUGAUAGAUCAAUCUGGGAAAUGGAUUAAAUGGGAGUGGAAGUAAGGAAGCAGAAACCUUCCAUGAGAGAAGCAGGGGGAACCAAAAGUAAGUUUAUCUUCCUUUCUGCCAGUGCUUAAUGUGACUUGCUGUUUUCCCUUGUGUUUAGUGCCUAGGGCAUUACAGUGUUAACGUUACACUCAGCUGUGUCUUCCAGUAGUCCUUACACAGAAGUUGGUACAAGGAGUCAUGUGAGGAGACCUUGAAAUAAGACAAGGUCGAUAAUGUGAAUUGUUCCAGACCUAUGAAGUAUUUAAAUUCAGCCAGAUGCUUCAAUUUCACUGAAGCAAAACCCCAGCAAUUCAAAUUGACCUUGAUGUAGUGGUACUGUUGUGUGUUCUGCAGCUGAAAUUGUUGUGGAACCUACUUAACAUACAGGGAACAGCAUUCAUAACUUAUGUUUCACUGCAGACGUGCUGCUUCACUGCAAUUAGGAUUGUCACAAAGGGAUGUUGAAAAUAAUUAAAUGUACAAAAGCAAGAGGUGCUUUCCUGGAUACACUAGUUUUUGGGGUUUUGUUGUUUGGUGAUUUUUUUUUUUGAUAAAUUGAAUUCACAUGGACACUGAAAGAAAACAAAAUUGGUCACACCAUAAUCUUCCAAAAGAGAUAUUUUGUUACUGCUGUUUUAGCAGUAUGUGCCCAUGUCCAUACACCAAUUCUCAUGUGGUCCAAAUACUUUGGUUUAUCUGCAAAUAGCUGUAGUUUUACCAGUCUCUUAUCUGUUCACAAGUACUCUUACUUGCCUCAGAUUAUCUACCUACCUUUAUCACUCCAACUUUUUGUCUAGCUUAAACUUCCUUAUCCUUGCUGCCAACUUUCUAGCUCAGGAAAAUUCUUUGCUUUCCUGUAUUACUUUUCUUUAUAUAAAAGUAACUACUUUCCUUCAGCUUUAAUUUUCUUAAAGUGCAAUGAAGGAAGAUGGAGUCUCCACCUCCCUGUGUUGGAAGGAGUAAGUAAUCCCUUAACUCCUAAUGGGGAGAUGGAGCUGAGAGUAUAAGGCUCCCAGGCAUUAAAAUGAGAGCCUUGGUCUGUUCUUCUCAGUAGGCAAGUAAAUGCAACUUUAGACUGCUCCUAGAAUUGGGAGAUACUGAUCUUUUUAUACUGCAUUACUAGAUGACUUUCUGGUGAUGAAAACCUAUAUCUUUCAGGAUAUAAACUAUUUUGUUGCACAAAGCUGUGCUUCUCAAUUUGUAAUAUUGGAAACCAUAUUAUUGUGUGAGAUAGUACUACAUCAAUGGCUUUUUGUUAAUUUGUUUUACAUAUUUAUGUUGGUCUAGCCCUGUUUUGUGCCUGGAGCUAUUGGGCAAUUAGAUUUGUUCUGGUUUACUGUUUUAAUAGUGAGCUGUGUGGCUUUUUAUAUGGUUUUUUGAAUUGUAUUAAAGUGUGUGUUUUUUCUUGUAAAAGUGGAGGCCUUGCACUGUCUCAUACUGAUUGAUAUUCAUGAAUCUUGCUGAAAUUAUUUUCAUAUGUAUUGGUCAAUGGACAGAUUUGCAUUUUAAACUGUGCCUUCUACACAGCAAACUUGAAGAUUCAAAAGGGACAUUUCAGUUGGGAUUAAUACUGUACAUCAGUCUAUGCAUAUAUGGCAGCUUCUCUCCAGAGCCACUUCUCUAUUUGUAGCAGUCCUUUUGAUAUGGAAGAAUCUGUGGCUCUUAUUUUUAAUAGUUUAACACAAGCUGAAAACAGACAAAAUACAGCACUUUGCCAAAAAAGGUAGCAUUGCUUAACCAGUGUGUAUUUACUAAAGUGAUCUUCUGUAUUUUGUUUUCAUGGUGCGUUCUGCGCACUGUGGGGAAACAUGAUCUUAACUCUCAAUAAAAAAUGGCCUAUUAAAAG